AGGGCGAAUUGUAAAAUAAAAGAGUUAUGUGUUUGAAUUGAUAAAUAUAUUAAAUAGAUAAAUAAUUGAAUAGAUCAUGCGUGUUGUUUUUUAUUUUUCAUUCCCCUUAUUAUUACUAUUAUCAAAACAGUCCUAUGAACCUCUCCUGUAUACCUAUACAGUAGCCGAAUUAUCUUUUCCAAUCUAUACUUUUUCUUUCUUCAUAACCUAUUACAUAAUAAUAAGUCGCUUUCUAUCUAACCUGUGACCCGUUUACAUUGUACACGAAUGCAAUGCUUCAUUGCAUUCACCAUUAACAGUUUAUUAUAUAUAGACGUACAUUGUAAACUUUUCAAUAAAUAUUGUUAUAUAUCUUUGAUAUAUCUUUUUACUUCACAGGUUAGUGAUACAUGUUUGUUGUGCAUUUCACUCUAGUAAUAAGUAUAAGUAAUUUGUAGUAAACUAUGUUCUUAAUAAGUAUUUUAAAGCUCAACUUUGUAAAAGGAAUCCUUCAUGUCAUCAUUUCAUAUUUUGUAUACAUGUACUUUGUUAUUAUACUGAUUCAUGGCAUUCACCAUUAACAGUUUAUUAUAUAUAGACGUACAUUGUAAACUUUUCAAUAAAUAUUGUUAUAUAUCUUUGAUAUAUCUUUUUACUUCACAGUUUCCAACCCAUUCCAAAGGACCCAUGAUUGUCCAUCAAUUAUUAUAAAUGUUGUUUUCGCGGACAGCUUAUCAGCUGCGGCAGAUUAUAUAUAAGCUCUACCGACUGAGUGAACCCGUGACAACUGGCGCCCAGUUCAGGAUUUGGAAUUAGGAUUGGACAUUGUUUUAUAUUAAUUGUAUUAUAUAUACAUGGAUAUUUUAAAUUCAGUUUGAAUACACACCAUGUGACGUCAGAGCGUUUUACGUUUUCUAUUGGAUAUUUUAUCCGUUUGACCUGGUCAAUCGUGUAUUUGUUUACACGUAUCUGAUCUAUUUUUGGAUUUACACGUGCUAUGGUACCUACUCCUGAGCUGUCAUUUGAGAUCUCCGACGUUGGAUUCCGUAAACAUAGGCCUAUGGAACUACUUAUCAUCACCACCAGGAAGGAUUACCAUCGAUAACCAGGAUUUCCUAUGGAUAUUUCUGACACUGUGUUUAUUAUUGUGUUUUAAGUUUUGCGCAUAAGUGUGUAUACAUGUGAUUAAGUGUUUUGUUUAUAUGUGGAUUUAGGAUAUAGAAAGUAAGUGUAUUUUCUUGAGGUUUUGAUAAUAUUUUAAAUUUUUGAGUAACUUUUUAUUAAGUAAUUUAUAUAUAUUCAGAAAAUUAAUAAGUAAAUUGUUGGUAUUGGCUAAGAUAUUUUUGAUAGCCAAAUUUCAUUAGUCUUAAGUCAUAAUUUUGUUUUAUAAAUUUACCUUAACAAGUCAGGAUAUUCCAUCUUUUUCCCUCGUAUAUUGCAUUAAUAUAAUUCUCUAUUAGGAGCCCAAAAGAAAAAAAUACUCUUCUCCCCUCGUUAUUAACUUCAAUUUUGACCAAUUACUCCUAUAACAACUGAAAUCAAUACCAUAUUGCCUCUAUCUCCUCGAUAGUCGAGUGGUCUAAAGUGUUGGAUUGUCUAUACCGUAUUGGUCAGUGGUGUUAGUGUGUGAGUUCGCUCCCUACUUUCGACCAUAUUUUUUUUUCAAAUAUUUUUUUUUAGUUUGAGAAAUAAUAGUUAAAUAAACGUUUAACUAUUUCUUACUCUUAUUGCACAAACAUUGCAAUAAAAGAUUAAAAUAUACAAGAUAAUAUCUUGCCAUUAAACAUACAUAACAAUUGCUUUUUGUAAUUCAAUUACAAGAAGUAAAUUUUAAUAUGAUAUAAAAAAAUAUCGUUUCAAUGCAUUGAUAGUUGAAUCGCGGAUAUAGUUCGCAGAGCGACGCCUUUAUUUUAUGAACGAUGCUGAUGUUUUAUAGUUUUGAUAAAUAAGUAGGCAGAUACUUGAAUAUUGUUUCUUCUGAAAUACAUUUAUCAAAACUAUGAAUGUUUAAAAGAUUUUGCGUGUAGCGUGAAACUAUUCGUCUUUGCAAAUUUAUAUGAAAAGGUUGGUUCAUUGAAAGAAAUAAAACGAAGUUGGUGAUUGUGUGUUAUUUAGAGAUACUACACAGGUAAAGUAAACGUAAGACCCAUAGAAGAGGUAUCAUUGACCAUUACGAUUAUUGAUUGUGUGAAAGUCAAGAGUCUCCGUAGCGUAGUGGUAAGAACACUUGCCCAUUGACCGGGAGGUCUGAGGUUCGAAACCUACAAAUUGCCAAAGGUUUUUUUAAUAUCAGAUAGUUAUUACAUGUUAUACUUAUAACACCAUAACAUCAUUCCAUUAAUUGGCUGGUUAAUUAAUAAAUAAAUAUAAAUAUUUAAAUUAGCCCAAGAGUAACGCAUGUAGAACUACCGUAGAAAGCAAAUGGUGAGAAGCAGAAGGGGAAGUAAUCAAGUCGAUACGUUGUAAGUAUAUAUAUCCAAGAAAUUUCGCGGGAAAAACACGGACUAAAAGGGCAUUAACUGUGUAAUAACUGUGAUAAUUAUCCAAACCUUUAUACAUUAAAAAGUAUAUUUGUACAAGUGUUGUUUCUUUUUUUUACUUUAAACAGACGAAAAGUAUAUAAAGCAAAAUUGUUACAAACGAUAUUUUGAAGGUUUGUCUAUUGUGUUUAUUAUAGUAGAUACUGGUUCUGAAAUUGAGUUGAUUCGGUUGUUUGCUUGUAUUUGAAAUGGUAUGCUGAUGAGUGUUAUUGUGGUUUAUUACUGCAUCGUGUGAUUUUGUAUUAUUGUGGGUUAAGGUGAAUUAAUACGUUUUGUUGGAAAUAGGUAUUGAAUCUGGUGAUUUUUAUUGGUUUGGAAGUGCUGAUUUCGUUAUUGGUUGAUAUAUAUAGGAUUGUUUGGAGUUUUCUUUCGGAUUAAGUUAUUUGACGUUGACUUGUGUUUUUGGACCUUUCCGAGUGCAUUUUGAAUUUAAAUGUAAUCUACUGAGCUGUUAGAUUGAACUUUAUCAAAAGGAAGCAGAGAGAUAUUGACCAUUCGAUAGUUUUAUGCAAUAGACAUGGCGUCAUUUAUAUCUGAAAGAGAAAUGAGGUUACGAAGAAGAGAAGCAGCUAGAGAAGAGGAGGAGAGGAAAAGAAAGGAACAAUUGGAAUUUGAUUUGAUGGAAAAAGAGUUAGAGAUUAUUAGAAAACAGAGAGAACAACUGAAAGCUGAUACACAAAGAAAAGUAUUAAAUCAAACAGGAAGUAUUGGAAGUACUGAGAAUUUUGCUGGAAAUGAUAAAUAUGAGGAGGAACAGAAUGAAGUACUUUUCACUACUUUAGAUGAAUUUGAAUUCGACCCACAUGAGAUAAGAAGUAAUUCAAGCUUCUCAAAUGAAAUGGAAACUAGUAAACGUUUUAAGGAAGCUGAAAUGAAGGAGUUAGAACGGACUUAUGGUACAACACAAGCUGUGGUUCAUAAUGAGAUUGACAAACGUGUCAUGAAUCAGUCUAUAGAAAGUAUGCUAAGUCAAGCAAGAUUAUCAAGGAAAAUUUCAUAUAAAACAGGUGAGGAACACAUGAGAGAUUUAGACGACAAUAAUGACAGAAGGUUUAGAGAAAGUAUGAAAAAUGUUAAAGCUGAUGGAAGAGAUAGGAUGCUUCAGUUGAAAGAAAGAGAAAUAGAUAGACAGUUAAGAGAGAAAAAGGAUACGGAACAGAGACUUAAAGAGGAAGAAUUAUUAGAUAAGGAAAUAGAAUACUACGAAGAAAAGUUAUUGAGAAGGAGAGCACAAGAUGAACAAGAGGCAUUAGAGAGACGUUUGAGGAAUGAAAUCGAAACGAAUUUACGGAAGGAAUAUGAGCAGAAAUUAAAGAAUGAAAUGAAGGAAAUUGCAAGAAGAGAAAGCGAAGAAAGAAAGUACUUUGAAAGAGAAAAGGAAAGAAAGCAAUUGAAAGAGAAGGAAAGACUGAUGAUGAUGAAACGAGAAAAACAAAGAGAAGAAGAAAUGAAAAUGAUGGAAAGAAUAGAGGGUUUGAAGAAGAUUGAAUUGGAAAUAGAUAUGAGAAAUAAUGAGUUUGAAGGCGAAGACAGUGAUAAUGAUAUCGAUAGAGAUGUACAAGAAAGGAUGGAACUUUUAAGACAGGAAAUGAUGAGUUUAGAAGAAAGAAUACAUAUGAAGAGUAGAGAUAGUAGAAACAAAGGGACAUUAUUUAAAGAUAGAAACACAACAAGAAAGCCAUAUGUAUCAUCAGGAACACCACAAAUACCUCAUUUUGAUGGAACACAAUUUGAAGAAUGGAAACUCGAAGUGGAAAGUGCAAUAGAAUCGGGAUUAUACCAAGAUUACGUUUUGGCACAGGCAGUGAGAUCAUCCGUAGUUUCAACAGCAAGAAGGGUGUUGCAAACAUUAAGACCAGCAGCAACUACAAAAGAAAUCGUUUCUAAAAUGGAAGAUAUAUACGGUAACAUCAGAAGUGGAGACUCUAUCAUUCAUGAAUUUUACUCUGCCAAACAACAAAUAAGUGAAUCAUGUUCUGAAUGGGGAGUAAGAAUCGAAACACUGUUUAAUCAGGCGUUAGAAAGAGGAGAGAUUGAACGAUCUAGAAAGGAUAGAAAACUAAAGGAAAGAUUUUGGAGAGGACUUAAAUCAGAGAAGAUAAAAUUAUCGACAAGGACUUCAUACGAAUCAGAGGAUAGUUUUGAUAUUUUAAGACGGAAAGCAAGAAUAGAGGAAAUGGAAAUAAAAUUGGAAACAUCGCCAAGGAGAACAGAAAAGGAUUUUCAAAUUAAAGAUGAAAUCAAAGUAUGUCAACCAUUACAAAAAGUUGAUGACUCCAAAGAGAAAAUGGACAAACUUUUGAAGAAAAUGGAGGAUUUAGAAAGGGAAUUGAAUGAACUGAAAAGAAAUCAACAAAGAUAUGAAUAUACUCCAAGGUUUAGACAGAGCAAUAGAGGAUAUGGACGAUUUCAGAGCAGAGGAUACCGGUAUGAUAGACAAACAAACGAUCAAAGAGCACAAGAAGGAGAUGUAAGAAAGCAAGAAGAAUCCUCAUCGUCAAAAGAAACGCUGAAAGAAAAUAAGGACAAAAAGGAUGAGAAGAAAGAUUUAAACUAG